GUGUGUUCAGUUGAGCAUUGGUCAUGUCAAGAGCACUGACUGUUAGACUAUUGCUGCUAUGGGGCAGCGCCUGCCUCUGGAUGUUCAGCCCGACUCUGGGUGAUUUUGUCAUCCCUGGACCAAGAGGUGCUGCCAAGGAUGCAGGACAUCACGCCAUUCCUCGGCAGAAAAGAAAUACUCCGGAUGCCACGGUGGAAGUGCACAGUGUGAAGGUGGACUGUGCUGUGACCUCUCGUUUUGCUCACACCGUCAUAACAUCAAUGACUUUGAACAAAGCCAACUUCUCCCAGGAAAUCUUUUUCGAAAUGGACCUCCCAAAGACAGCCUUUAUUACCAACUUCACCAUGGAAAUUGACGGUCAAGUUUAUGUUGGAGAGGUGAAGGAAAAAGAGAAAGCCAAGAAACAGUAUCAGAAGGCAGUGUCUUCAGGACGUACUGCUGGACUGGUCAAGGCUUCUGGGAGGAAGAUGGAGAAGUUUUCAGUGUCUGUCAACAUUGCAGCAAAAAGUAACGUUACUUUUGUUUUGACCCACGAGGAGCUCCUUCAGAGGAAACUGGGCAAUUAUGAGAUUAUGACCCGAUUGAAACUUAAACAACUGGUCCAGGACUUUCAGAUUGUCGCAAAUAUCUACGAACCUCAAGGUAUUUCUUACGUUGACGCCCAAGCAACAUUCCUGUCAAAUGAGCUGCUUCCCCUGGUGGAGAAAAUUGUUACAGAGAAGAAGGCACAUAUAGCUUUCUCACCAACUCUGGAACAACAGAGGACAUGUCCAAACUGUGAUGGAACACUGAUAAAUGGAGAUUUUGUCAUCAAAUAUGAUGUGAACCACGCAUCGAGCCUUGGGGACAUUCAGAUUGUCAAUGGAUACUUUGUGCAUUUUUUUGCACCAUCCAACCUGGAAAGAGUGCCAACAAAUGUAGUGUUUGUAAUUGAUCGAAGUGGCUCAAUGUCUGGAACGAAAAUGUUUCAGACACGAGUUGCAAUGCAAUCCAUCCUUGGGGAUCUGCAAGAGGAUGACUACUUUGCCAUUGUUCCAUUUGAUGACGAGAUUGAAUGUUGGAAGGAGAACCUGGCUAAAGCGACUAAGGAGAACUUGGCUGUGGCUGUAAAAUAUGCACAGGGGUUGACAAGCAGAGGAGGCACUAACAUAAGUGGUGGAUUGUUAAAAGGUGUGAACAUGCUGCUUAGAGACAAAGCACAGAAGACAAUCCCAGAAAGAAGUGUUGACAUGAUCAUUUUACUCACUGAUGGAAUGCCAAAUUAUGGUGAGACCAAUCCAAACAACAUAAAUGGCAUGCUACAUUCCGUCACUGGUGGAAACGUAUCUCUAUUUAGUCUUGGAUUUGGAGAUAAUGUGGAAUAUGGCUUCAUAGAUACACUGAGCCAACACAACAAGGGACUUGCUCGUAGAAUCUUUGAGGCCUCAGAUGCUGCUCUUCAACUGAAGGGCUUCUAUGAGGAGAUCUCCAGCCCAUUACUUUCUGAGGUGGACUUACGUUACCCCAGCAAUGCAGUGGACUUCCUUACCACUAACCACUUUAGCCAGUUAUUUAAUGGCUCUGAGAUUGUGGUGGCUGGUCGGUUGAUAGACAAUAACAUGGACAACUUCCUAGUGGAAGUGUUUGGCCAGGGGUUUGAGGAGGACUUCAAAGUGCAGGGCCAGACCAGUGCUCUGGACUGGGGCACUAUUUACCCCGAUGAAGGCUACAUCUUUGGGGAUUUCACAGAGCGUCUAUGGGCUUAUCUCACAAUUCAGCAGCUAAUAGAGAAGAGCAAGACUGGUAGCAGUGAUGAUAAAGCCAAUGCCACAGCCAAGGCCUUGGAGAUGUCCCUGAAAUACAGCUUUGUCACUCCUCUCACCUCCAUGGUGGUCACCAAGCCUGAGACUGAGGACGGAAAAAACAGCACUCUCAUUGCUGAUAAACUGACUGAGGCGGAAAGGCAGAGGUCAGGGCAAGACCGAUAUUCAGUCCCAACCUAUUCAGUCUCAAGCGCUAAUUACAACUACAUGUCACCAACAUACUCAGUGGAUGGAGAUCCUCAUUUCAUCAUAGAGCUCCCGGAUAGAGACGAUGCCUUAUGCUUUAAUAUUAAUGACAAACCGGGAACUAUUUUCACACUGGUUAAAGACACAAAGUCAGGUAUUUUGGUGAAUGGCCAGAUCAUAGGAGACAAGCAAAUUCCUCCUGAUGGUAAAAUGUACACCUAUUUUUGGCGAUUUGGCAUUAUUCAGCGAACUUUAGGAGUGCGAUUGGAGGUGAGCACAAAGGGCAUUGUAGGGUUCCAGGAUGGCAAGAGGCUCAAGUUACGAUGGUCCAACUCCACUACCAUCAAAGGAGACAGCAUGGACAUUCUCUUGACCAAGGACCGCAGCCUCACAAUAACUCUAAAAGAUUCAGUCAAGUUUGUGAUUGUGUUACACAAAGUGUGGAAGAACCACCCAUACCACAGGGAUUAUUUGGGUUUUUACACACUGGACACCCACAUCCUGUCACCUUCUGUUCACGGCCUACUAGGUCAAUUCUACCACGGUAUUCAAUAUGAGGUCACAGACCUGCGUCCCGGAGAAGUCCCAGAGAAACCAGAUGCCACUAUGUACGUCAAGGGACAAGAGCUCAAUGUGACCAGGGGCUGGCAAAGAGACUUCAGAAGAGAUGUAAAAAAUGGAGAGAAUGUUCCCUGCUGGUUCAUUCAUAAUAAUGGGACAGGCCUCAUUGAUGGACAUGCCUCAGACUACAUUGUGUCUGGUCUCUUCAAAAGUGUUUAGCCUUUUAUGUUUAUGACUUUAUCAAUAAAUGACAGAAUAUUGAUCCAAGCAUUAAAAUAAUCACAAUAAACAGACCAAAGUGCUUUAAA